AGGCAAAAUGCAAACCUUCCUGACAAAAGAAGGUUUUUUCCAACAACUCAAAAUACUUAGAUAAAUUCUCUGCUUUAUAAUGCUUAUGUUUUUUGCCAUGUGUUCGAAAUAACAAGAUCACAGGUAGUGAUUAUAGUGAUAUCACACGAAAUAAUCGGAUAUUAGUAUAAAAACCCGGUACCUUCAACGCCAAUGGUCUUUACAUCCGUUGCAAGAUUCCAUUGGCAUUAUAAAACAUGGCAAAGGCUAACAGCGGGAUACCUCAGAACGUUUGUUAAAAACAGACUGCCGAACAAUGAACUUAUAGGAUACGUCAUUAAUGAUAAACAUCCAAAGAGCAUCCGCGUCGCCUGUGAUAGAUAUAUGUACGUCGUGAGAUAUAAAAAGACAUUUCGUAUGACAAAGAAAGUAUGGGCACAUGACGAAUAUAAAGAAGCGAAACUUGGUGACAUUGUUAGAGUACAGCCACUUGGAUAUCGCAUUGGCCCUUGGAAGACAUAUGUUCUCUCCAGGGUGUUACAUACACAAGAUCCACAUCUCAAGUCAGAUGAAAAGGACAGCACUUUUGCCUAGAAUCUCAUAACAACGCUGGGGAAAUAUGCCAUAUGUUCUCUACAGUAAAAACAUCGCAUAUAAUCAAUAGUUACAUUUAUCAAACGAGGU